UAUAUGUGAAAAAGUAUGAAGGAAAUUGUAAUGGUUAAAACUGCGCGGCAAACGCCUGAAGAGCGCUGCUUAAAUGUAUCGCGCAUGUGCACAGAUUACCAAUUGUUCGUGAGUUUCGUCAGAAGCAAGGUUUGAGAUAAAUAAGUUUUUCCGCUUGUCGAACAGAGGGAUAAAGAGGUAGAACGAAGAGGGAGAAUUCUUUCAGUUUUUCAGUGGAAAACUGUGUUUUCCGUGUGCUGAGGGCCGGUGGCCGAGUGAUGCACGCAUAUGUCUAGGCUCGGGGGGACUCAGGUUCUAGCCACAGCACAAGUGAAGAGGACGGCCGCUGAUCACGCAGCGGUAUUAAACUUUGGUGCUGCAAAACGCAGCAAGCUGUCCGCCGUUGCGGUCACUGAGAUCAACGAGAUUGAAAACAUGACGGACACAGCUGCAACCACAACUGAUACUCAAAAGAGAGCCAAUUUCUCGGCUUUAACCGUUGGAAAUCCAAACGGCGUCAACAAGAUUUCACCAAGUUUGGCAAGUGCAAAACCUGGCACAGCUAGAAAGCUCGUCAUCAAAAACUUCAAAAAUAAACCAAAAUUGCCAGAAAAUUAUCAAGAACAAACAUGGGAAAAAUUACAAGAAGCUGUAAUUGCAAUACAAACCAGUAAGAGUAUCCGUUAUUCGUUAGAAGAGCUUUAUCAGGCAGUAGAAAAUAUGUGUAAUCAUAAAAUGGCAUCUACAUUAUAUACAAAGUUAACAAGGUUAACAGAAGCUCAUGUGCAAGCAAAUAUAGAACAGUUUUUAGCAGAAUCAAUGGACAGGCAUAUAUUCUUAAAAAAAAUGAAUGAAUGUUGGCAAUCACAUUGUAGGCAAAUGAUUAUGAUUAGAAGUAUUUUUCUAUAUUUGGAUAGAACAUAUGUAUUACAAAAUCCAAGUAUUUUAUCUAUUUGGGAUAUGGGCUUACAUUUGUUUAGAGUAUAUAUCGUUCUAAAUAAUUUAGUUCAAACACGUACAGUGGAAGGAUUACUUAUGCUUAUUGAAAAAGAGCGUCAAGGUGAUACAGUGGAUAGGACACUUCUUAAAUCAUUGUUACGAAUGUUAUCAGAUCUACAAAUUUACCAAGAUGCCUUUGAAACUAAAUUUUUGGUUGCCACUGAAAGAUUAUAUGCCGCUGAAGGUCAACGAUUAAUGAAUGAACAUGAUGUUCCUGAGUACUUAGCACACGUGGAUAAACGGCUUCAAGAGGAAAAUGAACGUUUGUUACAUUAUCUCGAUGCAUCAACAAAGUGGUCAUUGAUACACACAGUGGAAAAGCAGUUAUUAUCUGAACAUAUUACUAGCAUUUUACAAAAAGGAUUAAGUGGUUUGCUGGAUGAAAAUAGAAUUAAUGAUUUAUCUUUACUUUAUAAUUUAUAUAGUCGAGUGAAAAACGGCCUUGUAGAACUUUGUCUAAAUUUUAAUUCUUAUAUUAAGAAAAAGGGUAAAACUAUAGUUAUAGACCCUGAGAAAGAUAAAACUAUGGUUCAAGAACUUUUAGACUUUAAAGAUAAGAUGGAUAAUAUAGUUAACACAUGUUUUCAUAAAAACGAAAAGUUUGCGAACAGUUUAAAAGAAGCUUUUGAAGCCUUUAUUAACCAACGUGCAAACAAACCUGCUGAAUUAAUAGCGAAAUUCGUUGAUUGCAAGUUAAGGGCGGGCAAUAAAGAAGCGACGGAAGAAGAAUUAGAGAGAUUAUUAGAUAAAAUCAUGGUAUUAUUUAGAUUUAUACAUGGAAAAGAUGUGUUUGAGGCAUUUUAUAAAAAAGAUUUGGCUAAACGUUUAUUAGUUGGAAAAUCAGCUUCUGUUGAUGCUGAAAAAUCCAUGUUAUCCAAAUUGAAACAAGAAUGUGGUGGUGGUUUUACCAGUAAAUUGGAAGGAAUGUUCAAAGAUAUGGAACUUAGUAAAGAUAUAAAUAUUGCUUUUAAACAGUAUGCAGGGAAUUUGCAAAGUGAAUUAUCUGCUAGUAAUUUGGAUUUAACUGUUUCAAUACUUACAAUGGGUUAUUGGCCGACAUAUCCUGUAAUGGAAGUAACAUUACCGCCAGAAAUGGUUCAAUAUCAAGAUGUAUUUAAUAAAUUUUAUUUGGGAAAGCAUAGUGGUAGAAAAUUGCAAUGGCAACCUACUUUAGGACACUGUGUAUUAAAAGCUUGGUUUAAUCAGGGUAAUAAAGAACUUCAAGUUUCAUUAUUUCAAGCAUUAGUAUUAAUUUUAUUUAAUGAUGCCGAUAACUUGUCUCUGGAGGAUAUAAAAGCAGCAACAAAUAUAGAAGAUGGUGAACUUAGAAGAACUUUACAAUCUUUAGCUUGUGGAAAAGCAAGAGUAUUACAAAAAAAUCCAAGGGGAAGAGAUGUUGCAGAUAAUGAUAGAUUUGUUUUUAAUGCAGAUUUUACAAAUAAAUUAUUCAGAAUUAAAAUAAAUCAAAUUCAAAUGAAAGAAACGAAUGAGGAACAAAAAGCUACAGAGGAAAGAGUAUAUCAGGAUAGACAGUAUCAGAUAGAUGCAGCUAUUGUUAGAAUUAUGAAAAUGAGAAAAACACUUUCACACAAUUUGUUGAUUAGUGAAUUAUACAAUCAGCUAAAAUUUCCUGUAAAGCCUGCAGAUUUAAAAAAGAGAAUUGAAUCUUUAAUAGAUAGGGAUUACAUGGAACGAGAUAAAGAUAAUGCAAAUGAAUACAAUUACGUUGCAUAACCUGAACCAAAUGCCAAAGUCAUAUUAGACUGGAUGGUCACUGUGUUUCAUAGCAAAAAAACCAAUUUGUUUUGGUGUUUGCCUAUUGUGAAUGUGACAUGUUAAAUAAGAAAAAAAUGGAAAACUUAAAACUGAUUGACUGUUGGUACAAUAUUGCAUCAUGUGGUCAGUUGAUUAAAAAAUUUAGAGUGGACACUAUUAAUUCAGGUUUUAUAGUGCGUAAUGAAUACUGAACAAUUAAGAUCUUUUUUCAAAUAGUGCUUUAUCGUUGUUAUUGUUUUGUUUCUGAAUUUCGCUAAAAAAGGACCAUGUGCAAAAUACCUUAAAUGAUACAGCAUUUAAAAAAUAUAUCAAGAAUUUUUUAUGCAGAACAAUUUUUCACAGCAUAUGGAUUUAAGAAGAUAACAUAAUAAGAAUAUUCUAAGAAUUAAAAAAAGAAGCGAUGAUUGAAAGUGAACAGGAAUGCGUUAUUUACAGAAAAUAGAAGAUAAUGUGCUAUGAAUGUUGAACCUACUGAUCAUUGAAAUAAUUUUGAACAAGUGGAACUGCAUUAUAAAAUAAAGGUUCGUGUAUUGAAUAUAUUCACUAUAUGAAAAAAUACUUCAUUACCGAAUUUUAGAAAUGUUGAAAAGAAAAAUAUAAGACACUAUGGUAUGUGCAUAUUGAAAAAAUGAACGCCAAAAUAUUUGAAAAAAUCUUAUUAAGGACAUAAUAUUAUGAAUUUCUAUAACAAAUUUUUGUACAUUACCUUAUAAUACAGAGUUUAUGAAUAAGAGAAAUUACACAAUUUGUACAAAUGAUGUCCAUUUUUGUCAAAACAAUAGGAAAGCAAUAUAUAUAUAUAUAUAUACACACACACACACACACACAAUAAAUUUGAUAAUAUGUAAUAUGAAACACUUUUCAAAUGAAUUUUAUUUUAUUUUAUUUAUAAACUAUGUAUUAGAACUAGUAUUUUAUUUAAAACAAUUUUCUGUAUCAAUAAAUAAUUUUGCUUGUUUAUAUAAUAUAAAGUGUAAACAGUAAAAAGUGUUUCAUAUUACUGUAAAAUGAUAAAUGCUCUGCCAUUAGCUUUACAAUUUUUACUAUAAAAUUACUACUUAAACAUGAAUACAAAUAAUAUGAUACUUAAUUACUUUUUGCAUAUCCUUUGAGUGAAUCAUAGUUUAAUAAAGUACAGGUUUAAAGUUGUAUAUAUCUUUUAUCUUCUAUCUUUGUAUUCAAAUUAAAAAUUAGUGAUACAAAUUUACUCUUGAUUAAUUAUGAAUUUGUUUCACUUGUAUCGUAAAGUCGAAGCUAAUUAAAAUUAUGAAGUUUUAAUAAUUUUAUUUAAAAUAAAUUUUUUAAAUUUAUAUAUUUCAAUAUUGUACUGCGCUGUAAUUAUGCUCUAUGAAAAGUAUCAGAAAUCUGAAGAAACAUAUGUUGUGCUCCUAAUAAUUUAUUUAUGAUUCCAAUAUACAUUUCGUUGUAAAUUAAUUAUAAUUCUUUAUAAUUUUGUAUAACUCUGUAUUACAAGGUUAUUUCACAAAUGAUUGUUAAAGAAAUAAUUUAUAAUUAAUGUAAAUGCUGUGCAAAAUAAAAUUUCUAGAAAGGUAAAAUAUAAAUGAAAUUACUGUAACUAUAUUAAAUCGAAUACAGAAUUUCUUACUGUCUCUUUUAGUCUAAUUUAAAAAGAAAGACAGUGAUUAUUGUAAAAAAAAAAGGUCCAGCGCUUUUUUGUGAAUACAAAUAUCUAGUUAUAUUCCGUAAACUAUAUAAGAAAACACUUCCAGAAAAAAAGUAAACAGAAUUUCGUAAUGUAGAGGUCGAUUAAAAAAUAUGUAUGUAUAUAUAUAUAUAUAUAUAUAUAUAUAUAUAUAUAGAUAUAGAUAUUAUUAUUAUUAUUAUUAUAUUAUUAUUAUUAUUAUUAUUAUUAAUAGAAUCGAUAAGAUUUUGAUUAUUCAGUGACUUGUUUAGUCAUUUUAUGUCGAUGUGAUUACGAAAUAGCUUAUUAAUAGAAUUUUGUAUGAACAUGGAAAAAAAGGAUGUUGAUUAAUGAAUCUUUAGCUAAUUUUAAUGGAAGUCCCGAUGGAAAGUUUUAAUAUAAAUUAAAACCAUCUUAAACGCAGUACAUGGUAAAUCCCUACUGGAAGCCAUUUUAAAAAACAGAGUAGAAAAAAAUAAUAUUCUUAUGUUAGAAUUUUCUUAUUUUAUUCUAUUCUUUUUUAAAUAAAAUUCUGAAAGGCUUUUUGCGCCAUUUAGAAUACAAUUCAACGAUAAAUUAUAUAAAUAUUGUAUCUUCUCAUAAAUUACCUUAUACUGCGUUUCCUCUGUAUCACAUUGAAGAACUUAUUUUUGUGUAAUCGUUCGUAGAUUUACCAAGAUUGUAAAUAGGGUAAGAGAUUCCAUACUUGUAAUAAAAUAAAAGAAAAAACUCAAA